AUGUCCUCGACCUGUCACCACGACGACAGCGGCUGCUUCACUCCGGCUCCGAGGCAGAGCCCGGGCGCCCUCAGUCGCUUGGAGGAGAAAGAGGAGCUGCAGCAGCUCAACGACCGCUUGGCCGCCUACAUCGAGCGGGUGCGUUCGCUGGAGAGCGAGAAGGGCGCUCUGCUCCAGAGAGCCACCGAGUCAGAGGAGGCGUCGGUCCGCAAAGCGCAGAGGAACAGGUCCCUGUACGAGAGCCAACUGGCGAGCACCAGACUGCGGCUGGACACCGCCCUGAACGAGAGGUCGAGGCUUCAGCUCCAGCUGGACUCCACCCUACAGGAGCACCGCCAGUCACAGGAAAGAAAUGCAAAAAUUGAAGUGGAUUUAAAAUCUGCUUUGGAACGAUUAGAAGAUUUGGAGGCACUUUUACUUUCCAGAGAGGCCCAGUUAGCAACAUCGCUAAGUGAGAAGAGGAGCUUGGAGUAUGAACUAGCUGAUCUUAAAGCUGAGUUUGAAAAAAUUCUAUCCAUUGCUGAUCAUGCAAAAACACAACUGCAAGAUGAAUUGUUGCAAAGGUGUGACCUGGAAAACCGAACACAAACCUUGCUGGAAAAACUAGAAUUUCAGAAAAAUCUGCAUAAGCAGGAAAUCGAGGAAGUAAAGAAACUGCAUAGAACUCGACUUUUUGACAUCGAGGUUGGUAAUCAACAGGAGUAUGAGAGCAAAGUGGCAGGUGUGCUUCAGCAACUUCGAGAUGAUCAAGAUGAACAAAUCAAACAGUAUAAGGAGGAUUUGGAGAGAACUUUUCAUACCAAGCUGGAAAAUGCUCAGAUGGCUGCUGCAAAGAACAGUGAUUUUGCUAGUGCUGCACAGGAGGAAGUGGCGGCAGUAAAAACAAGAACCGAAAGUCUUGCAUCCCAGGUUGUCCAAUAUAAGAACCGGCUCUCAAUUUUACAAAACAAAGUUGGUGAACUGGAGACAGCGCUGGACCAGCAGAGAGAAAACAGCUGCAAGCUUCUGGUAGAAAAAGACCGAGAAAUCGCUCAAUUUCGUGAGCAAAUGCUGCUCCAACUGGAAGAGUAUGAAGACCUUCUUGGUGUGAAACUGGCACUGGAUAUGGAAAUAAAUACCUAUAGGCAGAUGCUCGAGGGCGAGGAAGAAAGGUUGAAUUUGACUCCUAGCCCUUCAUGUAGUGAGGGGUGGGCCUUGAGCCAUUGCCCUUCAUUUCGUUCCAAGAAAAGAAAAUUAUCAGACACCGUGUUAACCAACACCAGUUAUGAAGUAACUGAAUAUGCAUCUAACAUAGGGAAAAUUAUCGUAGAAAACGUGGACACUGAUGGUAAAUUUGUCAAGUUAAAGAAUACUUCCAAAGAGGAUCAGCCAUUACAUGGAUGGAUUCUGAGAAACGAAUGUGAGGAUCACAAAGACAUUACAUACACGUUCCCUCCAUGUUUCAAUCUUAAAGCUGGAGAAAAUGUAAUUAUUUGGGCUGGUGGUGCUGAUAUUCCCCAAAGUCCUACGAUUGAUUUGUUGUGGAAGAGUCAACACUCCUGGGGAACGGGAAAUAAUGUUAGCAUUGUUCUCACUAACAGCAUUGGAGAGGAGGUAGCUACACGGAAAAUCAUGAAAGCUCCAGCAGUUCUGAACAGCAAUUCUGAAGAAGUCAAAGUGGACACAAAUUUAAUUGAUUUAAGGUGCAAGAUUCCACUGAGAAAUGAAGAUCCAAACUGCAUUAUGAUGUAA